GUUUGAACUUGCAGUUGUGUGACCUACGCAAAUAUUCGGAUUUUUAAAGUUUGUCAGCUGAUAACAUGUUGUUUGUUCUCUGUUACGUCGCCUUCUCUAUCCUCAGAUUGGUCAACUCUCUUUCAUGCAUUGACGAUGACGGAAAGGAAGUUGACUGGUUUGUGGGCUAUAAACUACCUAGUAGUUUUGAUGUUGUGUUUAUUAAUCCGGACCAAAGAAAUUGGAAAGUGUCUUCAAAACCUAUAAACUCAGGUGGAAUGAUGAAAAAGACUUACGAUGCUAUGUAUAGUCUAAUUGGUGAACCCGACGCUGUGUUCGGGAUGUAUAAUGACGAGAUACCUAAAAUAAAUAAUUUCACAGUUGAUGAAAGAGAUAAUAGUUGGUGGGGUCAUAUGAAGGGUGCAUUCGCUUUUGACAAUUCAGACACUGGGUUCUGGGUCAUUCAUAGCAUACCUAAGUUAUCUUCAUCAAAUACAUCUUAUCUAUAUCCAACUAAUGGACGUACAUAUGGUCAACAUCUUUUAUGUAUCACACUUAAAAAGAGUGUGCUCAAAUCACUAGUGACCCAGCUGGCUAUAUCUCGACCAUUAUUUCAAAGUGCCUACAUUUCAUCUAGUGUCAAGUCAAAGUUUCCAGAUUUAGCUAAAUUAUUACAAAACAAAAAGGUGGUAACUUCAACACAGAGUAAAGUUAUUGACUUGCAAUCAGCUGAUGGCACCUUUCAAAUGAAACAUUUUUCGAAGUCUAUCGAUUUUGGCAAAGAUUUAUAUUCAGAUUUUGUUGCACCAACAUUGAAACAAUCCUUAGCGACAGAAACAUGGCAACAUGAUGGUGGGAUGCCAUCAGAUUGUCAGCAUAAAUAUACUGUGACGAAUAUAAAAUCAAUAUAUAUUGAUGCUUCUCAAACAGAAAUAACUAAUUCCCAUGAUCAUGCUAAAUGGGCUGUUACUGUUCCAUCCAGAAAGAAGAAGACGACGGAGGAGAAGGCAGACGGAAUUGAUGACAGUGCUAAUUGGAUUUGUUUAGGUGAUAUUAACCGUCAGCCACAUCAAAAAGAACGCGGUGGUGGUACAAUGUGUAUCCAUGAUAAACAACUUUGGCAAUCAUUUUACAAGUUAAUUCGAAGCAUAGAAGCUUGUCCUCGAAGUUAUUUCCAUCGUUUGCUUACACCAUUCUGGUCAUUGAUAGAGAUUAUUCAGGUGUAUGCAUAACCAUUUUUGUUUUUGGAUAUCGAUCAUUUAUUGAUUUCUUGCCUUCCUUCCUGGAAAUUCUAUUUUUCUAAAAUCUAUUUUCGUUAUUUAAUUGUUUUAUACAGUGCAUUCCGAACUUGCUUCUCCUUUGUUAUUUUUAUCAAGGUAAUUUAUUAUAAUUAUCAAUUAUGUUUUAUGAUUCAUACAAACACUUACUUGUCAAUCAGCUGAUAGAUAUUGAUCGGUUUUGUUUUCCUUCUAAUCAAUAAUAAAUCAUGUGAA